AUGUUAACAAAAUUAAUGACAAAAAUCAAUAAUUAUUUACUUGAGAAUAAUGAAAACGACGUAGUGUUUGCUCUGCUACAUUUUCAAUUACUUUCAGCACUUUGUUCACUUGCUAAUGAUACAGUGAAUGAAGCAAUAACUGAAUUUUCACAAAAUACAAUAACUAAUGAAAGAGUACAAUCUCAAGAAUCUAUUAAAACACAAACUGACAUUAUUCUUUCUCGAUUUCUUUUAUCAACUCCUCGAACAUUUAAAUUAACUCUGGAUUUUAUUCGAUAUAUAAAUCAAGGGAAUGGUAUUGUUUCAUCAAUUUUUUCUAAUUGGCAUUUUGUUUCAUCAGAUACGGGAUUUGCAUAUGCUGCUCUGUGGGCUGUUCCACAUGCUUAUAAUAAUAAUAGUUGCAUUUGUGGUGCAAGUUCAACUUGUAUCUCAAAAGCUUCAUUUAAUGGAAUAACUAUUCCUGGUUUGCAUGUGGGAUGUUAUCCAUUUGAAUCACUUCUUCAAUCAACACUUGAAUGUCUCUAUAAUAUAACAUGUAUUAAUCAACUCAAGUCUAUGUAUACACAUUCAAAUAUGACAUUUAAUCCAUUAAGUGAUACUUUGUCAUCUCGUAAUACUACAGUUCAGUCUAUAGUCAAUAAUCUUCUGAUUGAAAGAUGGGAAACUGAAGUAGUUUAUGAAAAUUAUUAUGCAACAUGUGAUCCUCUUUGGUGCACAUAUACAUUUGAUGAACAAAUAAGUCCAAUCUAUACAAUAACGAUUAUUAUUGGUCUUUUUGGUGGUUUGACAGUCGUAUUUAAACUUAUUACUCCUAUUAUAGUACGAAUCGGAUAUUAUAUAAUUAGAUAUCGUCGUCGACGUGUCAGUCAAGUUGUGACUGUAAUGACAAUUCAACAGCCGAACAUACUAUAG